UCUUUCCUCUGCCCGGGCGUGUCGGACCAGAGUGUUUGUUUAUGUCCCGUUAAGCUUUUGUAGAUGUGCGACCUACCGUACCACAUGACCGACUUUGCAAAUAUGAAAUCAUAUAAUAUGCCUUGCAUUCGCUAAUGUACACAUUGUGUUAUUUGAAGGUAGCACUGUUCAACUGAAGUACUGCCGUAAUAGAAUGACUAAAAUCAUGCAUCGUCAUUCUUCCCGCGCGAGGAUAGAGUAUUUUGUACAAUUUUUCAUCAUCAAAAUUUAAAAUUUUUGAGUGUACCCUAUCAGUUUGAGGUAAUACCACCACUUGGAAACCACCAUCAGACUGUGUCAUAAUAUAUGGAUCAGUUUACGAUGGAUAUGAUCAAUAGGCCUAUAAUAUACGUACAUGCAUGUCAUGUUCUGACAUUGGCUCUUCACAUCGGGGCAUUCGCACUAGGUACACCGACCUAUCUUCUCGAGGAUGGUAUGUACGACUCUGAAGGUCGAGUUGAAGCGAAUGUCUCCGGCUCUGCCCCGGCUUCAUUCUGUGACAGUCUUUGGGGUUUUGAAGAAGCCACUGUAAUCUGCAAACACUUCAACUACACCGGUGCCGAUCUAGCAUUGCUCUCGGGAUACUUCGGCGACGUUCGGAAUGAGUCGCUGAGUCAACCAGCUUAUGGUGAACUGUCUUGCACUGGGUUUGAGGAUCAUCUACUUCAGUGUAACUACACUGAUGUAGGCUCUACAUGCCCUCACUCUGGAAAAGGUGCAGGUGUUAGGUGUACAGCAUAUGGAAGUCUUCGCCUUUCCAAUGGAUCUGUACCCGGUGAGGGUCGUGUUGAGAUUCUUGGUGAAUCAGGAGUUUGGGGAACAAUAUGUGAUGAUGCAUGGGACAGGACUGAUGCAGGAGUGGCCUGUAGACAACUUGGAUACCCGGAUGCUAUAGAAGCCAUCGUCAAUGAAAAUUAUACACAUUUGCAACCACUCUUUGGUCCUGGUUCAGGUCCAAUUCUUCUAGAUGGACUCGAGUGUAGAGGAGGCGAGAGACAUUUAAUAGACUGUCCGGUGACAAAAGAAGUUGGGACUCACGACUGUUCACACGAAGAAGAUGCGGGCCUGAGAUGUGACACAAAACUGAUUCGUCUGCAAAACGGAGAGUAUCCCAAUGAAGGUCGAGUUGAAGUUUACCACGGAGGAUCAUGGGGUACAAUCUGUUCUUGGAAUAUGGAUGCUGCUCAUAUCGCAUGUCGAGAACUUGGGUAUCCACUAGGAGCGUUGGAAAUCACAUCAGUAGCUGGAGGGGAUGGACGAGUCUUACUGGACGAGGUAUUCUGUUCAGGAAACGAGUCUUAUGUUCGGGAUUGUGAUUCUUUAGGGUGGGCUAAGGUUCAAAGCUGUUCUCCAUAUCCACACCCAGAUCAACUUACAGCAGGCGUCAUUUGUAUUGAUCCAGCCAACUUUGUAAGACUUCUGAGUGGAUCUACCAGCUACGAAGGUGUUGUUGAAUACCGUUUUGGAUCUGCACCUGGUUUUAUAUGUGACCCUGAUUGGAGUCUAGCUGAAGCAGAAGUUGUCUGUCGACAGCUCGGUUACCAGUAUGGACGCAAUGAGAGACCAGUUUCACUUGGUCCAUCAUCUGGAGCUGGAUUGAUAUCUUAUUAUGACUAUCAGUGCAACGGAACUGAAAAGCAUCUCGGUGAAUGCCAAGUUUCCUUGUCCUCUGACUUUGAAUGCGAACCGACAAACAUCGCCCAGGUCAGAUGUGGACCUCCAAAAGAGUUUGAUCUUCGCCUGAUGGGAAGUGACUACACAGAACAAGGCAGGGUAGAUGUAUACUAUAAUAAUGAGUGGAGCUCUAUCACGGACGAUUAUUUCUUCACUAACGUCCGAGAGACGAUAUGUCGACAGCUUGGCUAUGAAGGAUCACCUAAUGAAUACUACUCGUACAACCUAUUUGAGAGUGGAUCGGGUAGGAUCGUCAUCGAUGGCUUAUACUGCGGCUUCUUUGAUUCCAAGAUAACCGAUUGCAGCAUAACAUUCACCGGCAAUGAAUCAUUGAAUACACGUGAUGACGAACUGGAAGUUUUAUGUGCACCAUAUGUCUCGGUGGCGAACCAUCCUGUCCGACUGGUAAACGAGAAAGGUAUGAUCAACAGAGAUUACGGUCGAGUAGAGAUUCUUCAUGAUGGUCUUUGGGGAUCGAUUUGUGACGAUUACACGACCAACGACAAUGCCGAGCUCAUCUGCAGUCAACUAGGGCAUGAUACCACUUAUGCAAGCAGUCUCCGACCAUCAUCUUAUGACAUCCCUUUUCCUGACAGGGUAUGGUUUAGUUUUAUCGUAUGUAAUUGGGGUUCGCGAUUCAUCUUCCAAUGCCGUUUUUCACCCUGGGGAUAUGUGGACACAGAUUGGUGUUACAGUGGGAGACACGCUGGAGUACAGUGUAUUGAAAAUUUGCCAUUCGUCACGACUUCAGAAGCCCCAGUGAUACCUGAUUCUUCGUCACCUAUACUGACACAAUGGGAAAUAUUUUUGAUAGCCGUCGCUUUCUUGGUUCCGUUGGUGUGUGUGAUCAUCUGUUGCUAUCAACGACAAAGAUCAAAAGGAUCCGACAGGCGGACUAUUGCUGACAACGCCGUCUACUCUUCGUCUGCGAAUAAUGGAGCAGGAUCUGUAGUCACUUCGAGUCCACCUCGCUAUGUCUCCUUCCCAUCACCUCCGACGGAGCUACCGCCGAGCUACGAUUCAGUAAUGCACCCAUCGGAUCAAAGUGAUCCACCAACAGACAAUGUUAACCUUUCAGUAAUUCACCCAUCAGAUCAAUCUGAUCCACCAACAGACAAUGUUACCCUUUCAGUUAUACACCCAUCAGAUCAAACUGAUUCACCAACAGACAAUAAUAACCCUUCAGUAAGUCACCCAUCAGAUCAAUCUGAUCCACCAACAGACAAUGUUACCCUUUCAGUUAUGCACCCAUCAGAUCAAACUGAUUCACCAAGAGACAAUAAUAACCCUUCAGUAAGUCACCCAGAUCAUUCUUCAUUCUGAUCUAUUAACAGACAAUGUUACCCCUUCAGUUAUGCACCCAUCAGAUAGAACUAUUCACUAACAGACAACUUGGAAUUAAUCCUCAGAGGAAGUGAAUUUCAGUGAUCCUGAUAACCGCACUCAAUCAUCUCAAAUCGACACCGAUAUAUCGAAUGUUGGAACUCGUUCAGAGCCUUCUCUGACUUUAAUCAUAGACAAUGACACUGCAUAGGCAUGCUAGCGUACCUACGGGGGGAGGGGGCACCCCUGACGAAUCAAAACCCAUGCAAAGGACGUAUACCUGCCCC